AGUAGGAGCCAUUCAGCUUUGUGCUCUGCCUCUCUCCGGUAGUGCGAAAAGGUUACAUAGUUUCGCCACUAACCUUAUAGCCUGUGUUCUCAUUCUUGAUCAAUAUUGUAAUUAUCAGAUAAAUUUCUGUGAUCGGUGUGUCAUUUGAGCUGCAAAUGAAGCGGAAGUAGAUCUUGGUCUCCGAUUGUUGAGGAUUCGAUCGACGGACAUGGAGGUCAACGAAUUUGACCUUUAUAAACAAUUAUUCAUCUGAGCCGCUUCAAUUUGUGGUGUACCUGUUCUCCUCAAUUUCACGAACACAAUUUCCAUGACUCUGGCUUUGAUUUCAAUUUGAGCUACAGCAUUCGUUGUUCUCUCUGAGUCUUAUUUAUAUACUUGAUUCUCCAGUAUAUUAGUUCUGAAUUUAUGGAGAAUACAAUCCAGAAGGUCCAGGGCUUGACUUUCUCCUUUAGUUGUCGCCAUCUUUAGCGGCUUUUAGUUUAUAUUGCUCGUUACAUCGAUUUCUAGUUUUCGGUUCUUGAGAAAAUAGUAGAAAAGAUGAUCGGUUUGUUAUCAACUUCCACUGGGCCACCGAUAAAACGAAGGGCUGGUCUUUGGAGAACACAAGCGGGACGAGGAUCAUACCGGGGAAGUUAGUGUGGAUUGUUGGGCAUAAUUUGGCUUAGUCAAACCUUAAAUUACUGCUGGACCUUUUUUUGUUUCUUCAAAAGUUAAUCGAUGGAGACCACUCCUCUGAGGCAGUUCCUGCAGAGUGUAUGCUGCAAUUCUCCUUGGAAUUAUGCUGUGUUUUGGAAGCUUCAGUUUCAGAACCAAAUGGUUUUGACAUGGGAGGAUGGAUGCUGCAACAUCCAAAGGCCGAGAGAUUCCAUGGAAAGCCUAACAGAUAAUCUCUGCUUUAAAGGCGCAGAUGAAGUAUCUUCUAAUUGGGGAUCGAGUAUACUUGAUGGAAAUUUGGAUCAAUGCUCAAUUGGACUGGCACUGGCUGAAAUGUCCAGUGUUCAUUAUGUAUUUGGAGAAGGGAUUGUUGGUGAGGUGGCAUCUAAAGGGAACCAUCGCUGGAUUUUAUUGGACAAUAAAUCAGCUGGUGAAUUAAUUCCCAAGUGUCCAGAUGACUGGCUACUUCAGUUUGUGGCGGGUAUCAAGACUAUUUUACUUGUUCCUGUUGUUUCACAUGGAGUUCUGCAACUUGGCUCCUUAAAUACGGUUGCUGAAGAUCUGGCGGUGGUUGAUUGUCUCAUAAAUAAAUUUAAUUCAAUUCAAACUGUGGGGCAUUCUGCAUCUUUUACCUCAGCAAAGAAAUUCCCAGCUCAGACAUCCUCAUUAGCGAUGUCUAUCCUCAUGGAUAACUUACAUGAGUCGGUGGCCAUUAGCAUGAAUGGAAUUAAACCCGAAGAUUUGAAUUCCGUUGACAGUGUCGAACCAAGAAAUCAACUGCCAACUACAAAUAAACUGACACCUUUGUGCAUGGUUCAAGAUUCCUGUAACAUAUUUGAAAAAUAUAUGCCUAAAAUUCCCUAUGGUGGAAGUGAAAAUGACGGCAAUGUGGGUCUGAAUAAAUUAGAAAAGCCUCUCAAUCAAUCAGUUUUUUGCAACAAUGAUGAGAUGAUACAGGGUAACCUGUUCAGAUUUUCUUGUCUGGAAGAAGAAUUACAGGCCAUUUCUUAUUCUGACUGUUGCAAUUUGGGAAUCUUUGGAGACUAUGCGAAUGAAAUGAUGAAUGCUUAUUAUGAUGAAGGCGUAAUGGGACAACCAUUUGUAGACAAGGAUGCUAAUGAGACAGUUCAUGAAAGUGGAAGCAGUGUCUUCAGCUUUCCCAGACACUGUGAGUUGCAUAAAGCACUGGGAUCUGCUUUCCAGGGUCAUAACAAUCAGGAAUUGUACAUCUCAGGCAAGGAUACAUGUAUCAGCUCAAGUCUCAUCAGUAAUGGAGAUCCCAUGCAUAAUAAUGCACCAUCAUACUGGGAAUUCGGGGGAUCAUGUGUCACGCAAUAUGAUGCUGAACAUCUCCUGGAAUCUGUUGUUUCCACUGCAUGUAGUGGUUCAGAUGAUAAUUCAUCCAAAAACCUCAACAGUGCCAAGUCAUCUACAACCUCCUCAGGACAAUAUGCUGCUUCCUCAACUGUACAAUGUCAAACUGAAGGAAGUGCCUUGGUGGAAGCAGUUACAGUUCCAUGGAACCUUGGGACUUCUGCAUUUCUUGCUAGGGGCAGAACUGCUACUACUAAUCCAGAUCCUGCAGCUUCUUCAUAUGAGAGCACGAUUAGUGCAUUGAUUGAGGAGGAGGAGCAUCAGAAAAAGGGGUCUGGUUACCUGCACCCUCACAAGGGAUCAAACCUAUCUAAUUUCAGCAAAAGAAGGGCCAGGCGUGGUGAAAACAAGAAGCCAAGACCAAGGGACAGGCAGUUGAUUCAGGACCGUGUCAAGGAGCUACGUGAACUUGUCCCAAAUGGAGCAAAAUGUAGCAUUGAUGGUCUCUUGGAUCGAACCAUAAAGCAUAUGGAGUUCUUAAGAAGUGUUACUGAUCAGGCUUAUAAGUUGAGGCAGUCGGUUCAUCAAGAAGUAAGCGGUCAGACGAAUACAAAAUCGCCUGGAAUCAAAGCUGGUGGACAGAAUGGGAGGAGCUGGGCUUUUGAGUUGGGAAGCGAGAAACAACUGUGCCCCAUUGUGGUGGAAGAUCUUGAAUACCCAGGGCACAUGCUGAUAGAGAUGUUAUGCAAUGACCAUGGACGCUUCCUAGAGAUUGCUGAGGCAAUCCGUCGUGUGGAUUUGACUAUCUUGGAGGGUGCAAUGGAAACUCGUUCAGGCAGCACUUGGGCUCACUUCGUUGUUGAGGCUUCAAGAGAAUUCCAUCGGUUGGACAUCUUCUGGCCACUUAUGCAACUUCUGCAGCAUAACCGAACUCCAAUCUCAAGCAAAAUUUGAUGCCCCACAUCCACCAUCAGUUUAGUGGAAGUGUGGAACUGUUUGUCCUUGUAAUGAUGUACACUUCAAGAAUGUUUGUCUAUCCAAACCAUGAUUACUACAUAUUUACAAGACCGGAAUGUAUGUCUAUAUGGGUACUUUCUCUUCUAUUUUCAUAGUACUCCUUGAUCAUCCUUAUACAGGCAAACCUAGUCCUAGAGCAUUGAAGAAUAUGCAGUAUAAAAGGUGGCAAAUUCCGAAGCAAGUGAAGAUCAGAACCGACAUUAGCCGCUUUAGAGUUCAGCAUAGUGAAAACCGUGUUUCUGGCCCGUGAGUUCAAAAGGAUAGCGGAAAAUAUCUUCGUGUAGCCAACUAAAUUUUGGUAGACAAUGGGAUGCUUUUUCUUUGAAUUACAGAUUGACGGGAUUCCUUUUAUUGGGUGAGUGUAAAUGUUGCCCAUGUAAACCAGUGGACAUGAGGGGCUGCAGAUUCAUUACGUUUUUACGGCCAAUUCGCCAAGUUUCAAUUUACUACUGGGGCGAAGUGAAGGUUGUGGUAGAAUGACUAUUUUCUUUCAGUUAGUACUGUACUGUUAUUGACAGUUUUAUUGUACUUAAAUCAGGUGUUCCUUGGACCUCGUAGAACAAAUGGGAUCAUUCCACUUGAGCAAGAUUGUGUUAUAGAAACAUAAGUUUUGUGUGGUUUGUGUUUCAAAUAACGGU